AUGGAUUUCUUGGGGGUGACACAAAGGUGGCAAAAAACGAAGUUGUUCUCGCUGGCAACGCAGCUGGCCAGCGAUUUCCUCUACAGGUAUUGGCAAAAAUCAGCGAUGGAGCUGCACAAGGAUCUGAGUCAACAGCCGUUUCGUUCGCUGGAGCUAAUAGUGGAUGCAUCCCCGAAGGGGAAGCUGGAUGUCUGGUCUCCGAUUGGCUAUGCUGGUAGAGUUGCAGCGGCCUUGCCGCUUCAGAGACUCAGUGCUCUGGCUGUGAGCACAGUCUCUGUGCAAACGAAAUUGGAAGAGGGCCAGAAAAUUGUGGACAAGUUUGCCGAGACUGCUGCAGGGGAGAAACACGCCAACUUGAAGAAGAUGCACCUGGGCAGUACCCAGACUAGGCCCAAGGCGAUAAGCAAAAUCCGCCAGAAGAAGCUUUCUGCCAGAGAACAGAUGAGAGCAUGUAUGCACGUCUUGUCGGUGCUUGACCUGGAGCUACUUGUCGGAGAUCAAGUGUUUCGUCCGUUGGACACAACACGGGGCGAGAAGAGGAUGUUGGAGGAUGGCAAAGCUUGGCUGUGGGACCCGGCCACAGGUGAGGCAUCUUGGGACUGCCUCACACCAAGGCACCAGUCCCACCUCAGACUCAUCCUGGCUCCAGACGAGGGCUCUACGCUCUGGUCAGCAUUUACCUUCCUUGCUGGCAAAAAUUUCAAGGUGAAUUUCGUUCGCGAUGAAUUGCCACUGCACAAGUUGCAGAACCACUAUCUGCGAUUGUUUCAGUGCAACAAAGCCGUCAAGAGAACCUGGGCACUCAGUGAGUGGCUGAUGAAGGCCAAACGUGGUCCUUGGGCCCAUUCUGGGGAUUUGCUGCAAGAGCUGUUUGCUUCGUCCAUUUUGGCAGAGAAUGGCUGGGACCCCAACGCCGAAGGCCUUCACGCAUUUGAGAAUGUUUGCGAAGAGGGUAUCAACCCUUUCGCGGAUAUGGGGGUGGCUGCCACUGGAGACGACGGGCAAAAGUACAACCGCAUCAUGGACUGCUGCAUCCGGGCCCUUGUUGACGAAGAGGCCCACAAGCUGUUCGAAAGCCUUCAGUUCUUCACGGAGCCCUGGUGUGAGAUGUGCCAAUGGCUGGAGGGCCUGGGCCCGCAAGGCAUGGCCUUUGCAACUACGGGGGCAGACCUCAACGUGGAUGGUCUGUCUAGUGAAGCCGAAGCCAGCAAGCUCAAGGUUUUACGAGUGGUGAAUCGACGAUGCAGAGUGCAACAAGACCUCCUGCGAGACCACUUGGACAUUUGCUUGCUUAACUUGUACGAACUCGGGUCUUACCAGCUGUACCUCUCCUCUGCUCCGGCUUCCAGUGCCUGUCUGAGCUUGAAAGAGUCCGCGACAGUCCCCGAUGUCAAGGCCGUGCAGGCCAGGGUCUUGACAGACAUGGAAAAUGAAUGGGCUACCGUUCUGAACAUGGAGCAGCAGAAGAGCACGGGCGAGCUACUCCACAAACUCUGCCCGCACGUGCUGUGGCAAGUGUACCGCGAGAGCAUGGUUGCAGUCGAAGCUGAUGCUUUCAAGCUGACACAGACUGUUCGCGACCUCGUGCUGGGGUGGUACCCACGGCUUAGUUUUUCUGCGAAUGUCGAGGACCAGUUUGCCGCGAUGCAGGACAGUGUGCGCCGUGGAUCCAAGGGUGGGUCAGCUGGGAUCACGAAUCUCAAUACUGUGGGGGUCAAGGCACUCUACUCCAAGCUGCUGGAUGGAGAUAACCAAGCCACUUCUGUGAAACUGCAAGACUCCGACUGGGAAGGGACAACUGUGCGAGCAUUGAAGCAGAAACUGUUUCAACCGGAAAGUUUCACUGGAAGCUCAGAUGUGCAUUUGGACAGCAUUCUGACUGGUGCAUCCGGCACGUCGGCUCACCAGCACAACAAGGGGACCUUGAACUACAUGAGGGCUUUUCUCGAGGCCGUGAAGCUACGGGAGAUUGAGCUGUACUUUGAGGGGAAGCUGCCACCCGAGACAGUCGACGAGAACAGCAUCGCCAAAAAUCCGGCCCGGUGGGAAGCAGAGGAUGUCCUGGAUGCAAUUCUGAAGCUGGAUGCAGUGAAGAACUGCAUAUCCGAGCAGGAUGCCGAGGACAUCGUGAACAAGUGUGAUGACAUGGAUGCCAAGCGACGAUCCCGAAGUGCAAAUGCAGAGCAAGAUGAAGAUGAGGAUGAAGAGCAGCCCGAGGCUUUCGACAUGAAUGGGGAGCCAGAUCCUGCUUUGGCCGCUGCGAAUGAGCUCUUGGCUUUGAUCGGAGAUGAUGAUGAUGAGGAAGAGCCAACUGGACCACCGCAAGCUCCAGAGGCGGCAGCUGCUGAGGAGCCGCCUGCUGCUGAAAACGGAAACGCUGCUGGGUCUGGAGAAAACGAGGCGGUUCGCGAGUCGAGGCGGUUGCUUUCUUCGGCCUCUGCGAUCCCCAAGCACCUGACUGACAGAUGGCCGGUCAUGGACGGCGUUAGCAUUGCUCACACUGUGCACCGAGAUCAAACGAGACCCCUGUUUCAAGCUCGUUUGCUGACCGGCAAGUUUGCAAACAAGGGUUCAUGUUCUGCGAGCUACAACGGCGAGCUUCAAAAGGAUGUUGUCGACCUGGCCAAGACGGUGCAACAGAUCUUGUUCGGCUUCUACUUUGAUCCCAAGGCUGCGAAUCAAGAGGCUCAGCUCCGCGUCUACGAGUACUUCGGGACCUUCACGCGCUCCUUGCUGUCCCUCUUCGAGCUCACACUUGCCAACUGGCCUCCGGUAUGCAGGCUCCUGGUAGAGGAGGUCAGCGAGUGGUGGCUCUUAAUGUGCUUGCUUCACAAGCUUACCAUGGGUUUCGCAGUGAUUGGUGUGAUCAACGCGGUUCUGAUGCAGGAAACCUUCAAGGUGGCCUACUUGGACGACACCGUGAUGGUGCGCGAGAAGAUGCGCACCAUGCGCGCGCACGUGGCCAAGAUGUCAGAGCUCUUCCAUGAAGCUGAUACCUCCGGAGAUGGCAAGCUGGACUUUGAGGAGUUCAAGCAGAUCUUGAAGAAGCACGAGGUGAAAGUCUGGUUGUCGGCCAUGGAGCUAGACGUGAGCAACGUGAAGGAGCUGUUCACGAUGCUGGACACAGGGGGGGAUGGCCGACUCUCAGCCGACGAGCUUGUUCAAGGCGUCUCCCGUUUGAGGGGCUCUGGGCGCGCACAGGACGUUCGGAAAAUCUUGGAGAUGAGCGAGCAGAUGAAGCACGACCUCCGCGAGCUUCACGUGGCCACGGGCAUCCGUCGAUACCACACCGCAGCUCACACCGGCAGCGGAGACUUUGAAGAUUCUUUGGCCGAGAACAAGCAGGUGGUGACGGUGAACUGCUGA